CUCUUUUUUUUUUGUGAUGGGUUUAUGCCAUGUCAUACAAUGUAGUUGUAUGGUGUAAACUAUUUGUGGGAGGCUGUUAAAAAGAUACACUGCAGAAAUGCUCCAGGCUUGCCUAGUGGAAACGCAUAGUGUGUGUGUGAAGUUGAUCUGUGGCUGGGCUUCACUAUUCCUGUGUUAGAACUGUCCUCACUCGGACACACAAACUCCGCAUGCCGUUUUGAAUACAGAGGGUGCUCCACUCUUCAUUACCAUGCAGUCCUCUACUCUGGCUGGCAGCUCACACUCCACUGCCACUUGGACAUUUCCUUAGAGAAAUCCUUGUCCCCUAUUUUGCUUGGUGUGUGUGUGUGUGUGUGUGCUCUUUCACUUUUUUCAUCUGUGGACUGGAAGGAUAACGACCCUUGAGUUGAAAGGACUUGUGCGUUCCUUGGGAUUUUGGAAUUUUGGACAGCUAUGCCUCUACAGCUGGAAAGGAAAUGGAGCCUUCUGCACUGUGAGGGGCUGAACAACCAGAGCUACGUCUGUGAGUCAGGACACUGCUGUGGGGAGUCACAGUGCUGCAGUUACUACUAUGAACUCUGGUGGUUCUGGCUGGUGUGGGUCAUCAUCUUCAUCCUGAGCUGCUGCUGCGUGUGUCACCACCGGCGCACCAAGCACCGGCUGCAGCAGCAGCAGCGCCAGCACGAGAUCAACCUCAUCGCCUACCGCGAGGCGCACAACUACACCUCCCUUCCGUUCUACUUCAGGUUUCUUCCAAAUUCCCUCCUACCUGACUACGAGGAGGUGGUGAACCGCCCUCCCACCCCUCCCCCUCCCUACAGUGUCUUCCAUACAGUCAGCCCCCUGCCCACGGACCCACAGGACGGCCCGGGACUGGGACACUGCCCGACCAUCCAGACCACUCCGGUUCCCCCAGUAUCCAACACCCUCUGCUCCAGGCCGAGCCUGGAAGAGCCUCACCGCAUUGGCAACAACAGACACAAGGCAGACAAUAAGCCUCAGGAGCCCCAGGAUGGUGGACUAGGGCCCCAAGAUGGUGGACCAGGGCUAGGGCCCCAAGAUGGUGGACCAGGGCUAGGGCCCCAAGAUGGUGGACCAGGGCUAGGGCCCCAGGAUGGUGGACCAGGGCUCGGGCCCCAGGAUGGUGGACCAGGGCUAGGUCCCCAGGAGGCCUCUACAGAGGAGCCUAGAGGCCCAGAGAAGAGUUGCAAGGAGCCUCUGUUACUCGGGGACCUAGGGGGGCCCGAGAGCGGUGCCCAGGAGGACAAAGAUAAUAGGGGGGCCCUUGGGCGGCGACGCCGAUUCACGGGUGACUCUGGUAUCGAGGUAUGCUUAUGUGAUCGUGGUGGUAGUACCAGUAUUGGAAGCCAGGAGGGCAAGGAGCUGAGGGAGAAGGAUAGCCUAAUGGGGGAGGAGGUUGAGGAGCAGGAAGGAGGAGACUUCUGUGAUGGGUGCGGUCACCCCACUCUGGGAGUGGAAGAGGAGCAGGCCCUCGCCCUGGAUGGACCCGAUAGUAGGUCGGAGUGCAGGUCGGCGACAGGGUCCACCUCCCCGCCACCACCCGCUAUGACGCAACCCACCCAGCCCCCGGUGUGCCUGCUCCUCCACACCAUCAACGAGCUUGAGGGGCCCCCUCACCAUGGCAACAGCACAGAGCCCCAGGGCUGAGCUACGCUAAGCUAAAGCACAUCUUCACCAAGGAGGGAGAGAGAACCAGGAGCGGGAGUCAAGACUGUGUGUGUGUGUGUGUGUGUGUGUGACGAGUAGGAAGUUGUAUUUUAUCCCAGAGUCUGGACUUAAAAGCCUGAUGUUGAUAGCUAAAGCCCAUUUGGCAUACUGUAAUGGUGGCCUUAACUGCAAUGUACAAGGAAACAGGAGGACAGGUUUGGCCUAUCACCAACCUGCCUACAGACUGCGAGCAGCGUAAAUGUCCUCCUUUGUCUGCCUUUACCAAGAGAAAGGCGAUCGUGUAAAGACUUAUGCAAGCUGGAGGAGAUUGAUAGUCUGGUCAGUGGAUGCUGACCUGGCGUUUGGUGCGACCAGUAUAGUGUAAGUACACACUGGUGCAACUCUAGCCUGGUCUCAGAUCAGUUUGUGCUGUCCUGCCAACUCCUAUGCUCAGUGUACCAAGCUAGUGAAAAUCAUCGCAGCUACUUCCUGUAUCUGUUCACAGGAAGUAACAUCCUGGACAAAUACACUGAAGCGGUACAGGCACAUUGUCAAGCAGUGCAGUGUGGAUCGUCAUGGCGACGAUGUGUGCUUAUGUAAUGUGAUAGUCCCAGUCGGUAUGAAAUAGAACGUGGUGGCCCUGCCUGCCUGUGGGGAAAACAACACAUGGUUACUUUGGUUACCUCGUUGGCUCACAGCAAAAACUUGACCUUUUUCCAAAAGCUAUUUUCUUGUCUGCUUGUUUUAGUCAAUUACAAAAAUACAUUUAAGAAAAGUACAACGUGUGUGUGUGUAAAGAUUACUAUUCAACUUUGCCCGCUCCUGUGCGUUCUCACUACUUAGAGAAAUGUAAUGUUGUAGGCGCUUGCCUCGUUUUCAUGACGGCACUAAAUGUUAACCAAGUGAGUGCGUGCUAGCACCAACCAGAAGAGGACUCUCCAAGCCUGUUCCUGGAUAGCUAUCCUCCUGUAGGUUUUCACUCCCAACCCCAGUUGAAACUAAUCUGAUUCGGUUUAUAAACAACUCAUUUUUUAGAAUCAGGUGUGCUAGAUUAGGGUUGGAGUGAACCUACAGGACGGUAGCUCUCCAGGAGCAGGGUUGGAGAGCCCUGAACCAGAACAUUAAGCUAGCCAACACAAACGGACUUGCUAUAAAGCUACAAGAAGUGAGUGGAGUUCUAAACUGACUGUACUCGACAAGAUACAUGUCUUACCUGUGAUAACAUAUUUUCCACACACGUAGCUAAAGUGUAGCCUACUUUGACACCGGGUCCCCACAAUUUCUCACUCUUCCACACCGAAUAGCCUGAAGCCACAGGGCUCUUCUCGCUGGCUCUAUUUCCCUACGUGGGAGCAUUGCGAUCCGUAGGUUGAGAUUUUGGACCUAGUUACAUUUUGUAUAACAAAAAGUGUACUACGAAGUUGGCUCUUUUUACAGUCGCGGUCAAUGGGGAAAGAACGUUUGUUUUCCCCAGUUGGUGGGCGUUGUCGAGGGCAAUUAAUUCUUAUGACAUGAAUACUGACUCAGACUAAUACUGUACAGGAAGAGCCUGACACUAAACACUGUGUGUGAAUGUUACUGUUCCACAUAAGACCUUUUAGCCUUGUGUUUUUUACUCUCCUCUUACCCUGUUGUCACAGGGACCCAAGUGCAUUAACACAAUUUGUGUGACACAAUCAUUUUAUUUUGCACAUAAAUAUAUGUGACUCUAAUAAUGGAGACAAAGAAAUGAAUCCAACAUAAAAAAAAGUUGUAUCUGCGAAUCCUGUCUUUUUUCCCCCUCAUUUUUAUUUGACAUUUGAAUCCGUUACUAUUUGUUUUGUAAAGGAUGGUUUUCUAAUGUGUCGUUAGCUUGGUUCUCGUAACUAUCAUAAGUGCUUUAUAUAGGCCUAUUAUGCAUUUUGUAGAAACAAAUAGAAUAUUCUAUAAUUGUGGUACAACAAAGAUAAACUAUUCUGCAUUUUGGACGGAUGUCUUUGUCAACUCGUGUAAUGAAAUUAUAAAGCUUUUGAUCGACAUAUUGGAAAAUUGUGUAUUAUUAUAUCAUACAACGCAUUAAUGAACCAAACUAGCUACUUUUAAAUCUGUCAUAGCAAAAUGUCAGUCUACAAUCAUUACUUUUUUAGUUAGUGAAUGAUUAAUUUCUAUUUCAUUUUAAUAAAUAACUUACUAUUGUUUUGCUGAGUAUAGAAUUGUUGUACUCUUGAAGCAUUCAAUCUCCUUCAAUCAAUCAAAAGAGUGUGAAGGUGAAGAUACAGGGAACUUGAUGCACAGAUUAAAUGACCUAUUGAAUGAGGUGACAAUAUUGUAUUGUGAAUAAUGGUCAUCAUGCCAAAGAUAUUAUGCUGUUUCCACACGGGAUGUAAGGUGGUUGUGCACAUUUUCUGUCUUUUGUUCGUAAGCCAUUUUAUUACAGCAGCGAAAUUGACAUGUUCAAUAAAUGAAAACCAG